UAUUGGUGUCCUUUGACAAUUUGUGAAGUGCAGGUCAAUUUUGAUAAUGAAGCUGACCCAAUCUAAACAGCAAUUAAUUUCAAAUAGUGUCGAUGACGUCGAUCCAAGAAGUCGCUCUAACGAUCCACUUGAUAGGCCUUUGUCGCAGAUCGAAAAAACUUUUUUACUGUCAGCCGAACGUGGAGACUGUCCCACCGUCAAAAGGAUAAUUAAUAGAUACAGAGACGUACCAGACGAAUUCGACAUUAAUUGCGUCGAUCCACUAAACAGGUCCGCUUUAGUUUCCGCUAUUGAAAACGAAAAUAUCGACCUUAUUAAAUUAUUGCUCGAAGAAAACAUCGAAGUGAAGGAUGGAUUGUUACACGCCAUCAAAGAAGAGUACGUCGAAGCUGUGGAAGUUCUUCUACAAUGGGAGGAAGAAAACUUCGUUCCAGGUCAACCAUACAGUUGGGAGAAAGUAGACAGAUCAUCAUCAGCAUUCACAGCUGACAUAACUCCAUUGAUAUUAGCGGCACACAGAAACAAUUACGAGAUCAUAAAAAUCCUGUUGGAUCGAGGUGCUACUUUGCCAAUGCCUCAUGACGUUAGAUGUGGCUGUGAUGAAUGUGUGCACAGCAACUGCCAAGACUCCCUACGCCAUUCACAAGCAAGAAUCAACGCUUACAAGGCUUUAACAGCUCCAUCACUCAUUGCUUUAUCUUCUAGUGAUCCGCUUCUGACCGCUUUCGAACUGUCGAGAGAUCUUAGAAGGCUCAGCAGACUUGAAACUGAAUUCAGAGCCGAAUACAACGAGAUGAAAGAGGUGGUACAAAAUUUCGCCACUGCUUUAGUAGACCAUUCUAGAACAUCGUACGAAUUGGAAAUUAUAUUAAAUUAUGAUCCUGAAGGAGAUAUUUGGCAUCCUGGUGAACGACAAACCCUUGGCAGACUGAAACUCGCCAUUAAAUACAAACAGAAACAAUUCAUAGCUCAUCCAAGCGUCCAACAACUUUUAGCAGCGAUUUGGUACGAAGGUUUACCAGGAUUCAGAAGGAAAAACAUGGCGUCACAGUUAAUAUCGGUUGUUAAAUUGGGAGUGAUGUUUCCGGUGUAUUGCUCAAUUUAUAUGCUGGCACCGACAUCCAAGAUGGGAUUAUUUAUGAAAAAACCAUUCGUGAAGUUCAUUUGCCAUUCAAUGUCUUACGCUUUCUUCUUAAUGUUGUUGGGUGCUGCUUCACAACGAAUAGAAAUAUUGGCUUUGGAAUUAUUUGGGACAGAAUGGGUGCAAGAUAUGGUGAAAGAAUGGAAACGAAAAGAACGAGGGGCGUUUUUCGGAAUUGCUGAAUGUGGGGUGAUAAUUUAUGUAAUAGGUUUGGUUUGGCACGAAAUUAGAGCCCUUUGGACUGAAGGUCUGGAAGAGUACAUUUCUGAUCUGUGGAAUAUUGUAGAUUUUAUAACUAAUAUGUUUUAUGUUUUAUGGUUUGCACUGAGGACCGUUUCUUGGUUUUUAACAUGGAGUGAUGAGUAUUUUAGGAAUAAAGAUCCCUAUUAUCCAAGAGAAAUGUGGGACUCUUUUGAACCAAUGUUGAUAUCUGAAGGUGCUUUUGCUGCUGGUAUGAUUUUCAGCUUUUUGAAACUGGUUCACAUAUUCAGCGUAAACCCCCACUUGGGACCACUACAAAUAUCCCUCGGCCGAAUGAUUAUCGACAUCGUCAAGUUUUUCUUUAUUUACUCGUUAGUGUUAUUUGCGUUCGGUUGUGGUUUGAAUCAACUACUGUGGUACUACGCAGAAUUGGAAAAGAACAAAUGUUACAAUUUGCCGAACGGUUUACCGGAUUUUGAUAACAAUGAUAAAGCUUGCACUAUUUGGAGGAGAUACGCAAAUUUAUUUGAAACGUCUCAAUCGUUGUUUUGGGCAAGUUUUGGCCUUGUGGACUUGGUGUCUUUUGAACUGACUGGAAUAAAAGGCUUCACCAGAUUUUGGGCUUUGUUAAUGUUCGGAUCAUAUUCAGUAAUCAACGUUAUUGUUUUACUCAACAUGCUCAUUGCUAUGAUGUCCAACUCUUAUCAAAUUAUAUCAGAAAGAUCUGACACCGAAUGGAAGUUUGCAAGAAGUCGCCUGUGGAUAAGUUACUUUGACGACGGAGACACAUUACCACCACCGUUUAACAUAAUACCACCUCCCAAAGUCUUCCUAAGAUCAAUCGGCGUGAACAAAAAACCCCACGAGACCAAAAGCUUCAGGGAUAAAUCCAAAGAGCAAGCGAGAGAACGUCAUGAAACUGUGAUGAAACUGCUCGUCAGAAGAUACGUGACGGCCGAACAAAGAAAACGGGACGAUUAUGGAGUAACUGAAGACGACGUAAUGGAAAUACGACAAGACAUUUCGAGUUUACGAUACGAGUUGAUUCAUAUCCUUCACAAUAACGGCAUGAAAACACCUCAAAUCGAUUUAAGCGAAUGUCAAGUUUCCGGUAAGAAGGGUAAAGAAAUGGAACGGAGAAUAUUAAAAGAUUUCCACAUAGGAAUAGUGGAAAAUCUCUUCUCGGACUUGAAAUUGGGUGCGACCGAACCGCAAAGCGUUUUCGGCCACAUCGCCAAAGUCAUUGGCAGAAAAACCACCCUUAAACCCAAAAAGAAGGAUUGGAACGCUUUAGUGCGCAAGAACUCGCUGAAAAACGAUCCGAUUGGAACCAAACAGGAAGCGGAUCUUCACAUAUUGAGGAGGCAAAGUUUAAGAGAUCACAUUCUGACGAACGUUCAGACUCCGGUUAAUCUCGACGACAAUAAACUCUUGGAGUACAAUCCGAAAUUGUCGGAGGUUCCACGUGGCGCCAGAGUAGCCUACGCCAAAUUUAUGACGAAGAAGUUGCACGAAGAUUAUAUUAAAGAAGGUGAAGAAGAGGAGAAAAUGCAAGAAGCUGUCUCGUUAAAUCUGGAUGCUCAAAAGACUGAUUCACCAGAAAUAGAAACUACAGAAAAAUCAAUGGAACCAGUGAAACCGGUGGAAUCCGUGGAACUCGAAUCACCGUCAUCAGAUUGUUUUGAUUAUAAGGCACUGGAAGGACACAGUUCUUCUACCGAACCAAUUCUUUCGUGUUUGUCGCCUGUCCCGGAGGAUGACAAAUCUAUCGUACCAUCCGAAGACAGCGUUCCAUGUUUGACUCCGAUUCCAGUGGAAAUUAGCGAACCAGAAAUCUUCGAAAAAAUUGAAGAACAUACAGAAAUAAAAGAGGAACCCCCUGAAGAAAUUCCUGCGCCGAAACGUGUACCAAAAAAAUAUGGACAAUACCAGCCUGAAUGGAUUUAACAAAAAAAACUGUAUAUAUAAACGCCUAAAAUAUAUGUACUUAACAUAGUUAGUAUUUUUAGAAGGAAAUAUGAGAUAUUACCAGUAAAUUUUAAUAUAUGAACUAGCUUUUAUUUGUUUAUUUAGUUUUUCAGAGUCAUACGCUCGUAAAACAAUUUUGAAUGUUAUUCUUUGACAUUUAAUAGUUUAGGUGCCCGAUUUAUAAACAAUACACUUUG